GUUUCGAAAUUUAAUAUAUUAUUUUUUUAUAUCAAAAUAUAUAUAUAUAUAUAUUAAAAUGUCGAGAGAGUCCGGUAGAAGGUCCGUGGAUAUGGGCGCCGUGAACCGAAGUUCGAGUAGAGGCAAAGCAAAAGUCACCUCUGACGGUUUGACCUCACGCGUUUCUCGAGGAAGACACUCCGUCUCUUCCUUUCCUACUAUCCCCGAUCACUUAAUCGGGGACGCUAUGACGGAUGAAGAAUUCGACCAGAUUUAUUCCGGUAGAGGGGACGCAAAUCUCCCCACUCUUGAUAGUGUAUUCGAAGAUAUUGAUGAAGCAAAUCUGGAUAAUCUGGACGGGGACGAUGAGCCUACAUCGCAGAGCAACGACGUCGACGUGGAGGCAGUUUAUGGAACUUGUAAACAUUGUGGGACCGUCAUAAAAAUGGGAGUCUCCGGCGGUUAUGGCGGUCCGGAAAAACACCUAAGGUCGAGGCAUCCCGUGGAGUUUGCCAAAUACGAGGCAAAAAAGAAGGGACGACAAGAAGUGCAAAUCCAAAUUUCUCGGUUUGCUAACAGAG